AUGGAACUUGUGGAUCUGGAGUCGAUCAAGACGACGGUGGACUCUUCUUCAGUUCGGGAAGAGGCCGUUGCGGCCCGUCAGCUGUUGGAAAAACAACGUCGAGCUGAUAUUCUCAAAAAACUGCAUGUUCCUACAGACGAUAAGGAUGUUAGAGCGAAACUACGAUCGUUGAAUGAGCCCAUUACUCUUUUCGCAGAAGACAAAGCUGAUCGACGGACCCGUCUGGGUCAGCUAAUGGUGGACGAGUUUGAUCGGGAAGGUCUGCAGGACGAAGAGAGCGAUUCUGACGUUUCUAUGGACGACGACGAGUUUUUUACGCCAGGAAGUGAAGAGUUGCUUGAUGCAAGGAGGCAGAUAACAAACGACAGUAUCUUGAGAGCAAGGGACCGACUCACGACACAAAAGCAACAGUCGGAAUUGUCCCUGGUGGAGACAGUUAACCUACGACGAGAUAAGAUGGCCCCUAUAGAGCAGUAUCAGCUUCUGGGAUCACAGUUCGUUUCCACACGUCCAGCAGGGGCCGUGGCUUUUGGAAGCGACUCUAUACUGGCUGCAUCAUCGUGGAACGGCGAGAUCAAGCUAAUGGAUGUACCGAAUCUGAAUACCAAGGCUGUGUUGAGAGGGCACGUGGAUAAAGUAAGUGCUUUGAAAUGGGCACGUAAUAUCUUGCUGAGUGGAUGUGGAGAGGGAAAGCUGCUGUUCUGGGAUUCCAGCACAGAAGGCAACGAACAUACUGCAUACAGAACGGUGUCUGAAGCCCACAAGGGCCGUAUCGCAGGUCUAGACGUUCAUCCAAGCGGGCAGUGGGCUGCUACCGCGUCCUAUGACUACACCUGGGCUCUGUGGGACAUUGAGAGCGGUACCAAGCUGUUGUCUCAAGAAGGACACUCUAAGGGUGUCCACUCUGUGGCCUUCCACCCGGAUGGAGCUCUAGUAGCCUCUGCUGGCUUGGAUGCAGUAGGCAGAGUGUGGGAUAUGCGAUCUGGACGAAGUAUUCAGACUCUGGAAGGCCAUAUCCGAGAGAUAUACAGUCUGGGAUGGUCUGGUAACGGGUUCUAUCUUGCAUCUGGAUCUGCUGACGGAUCUGUCAGAAUAUGGGAUCUGCGUGCUCAAAAAUGUUCCCACACAAUCCCUGCACAUACAAAGAUUGUGUCGAGUGUUCAGUUUGACAAGUCGGGCUCAUUUCUCGCAUCUACGGGAUACGAUGGCGACUUUAACAUCUGGAAUGCCGAUUCGUGGACCCUGGCUAAAAGGUGGAAGACGCAAGACCGAAUCAUGGGCAUGGAUUUGGGACCUGGAAACGAGUACUUCGCCACCUGUGGCUGGGAUCGAACAGUGAAGUUGUGGUGCAAGGAGUAG